GGUUUAGCAAAUUCUAGCAGUCGUGGCCGGUGGGCGCCGGGAAACAAUUCUAACCACACCGGCAAUAAUCUCGCGCCAAAAAAACAUAUUCACAUACGCGACGAGAUUAAAUGAAUUUUUUUUCAAUAUACAAAUUUUUGACAAAAAAUAAAUAAAUAAAUACUAAAUUAUUUAUAAAUAAAAUUUAAAUUUAGUUGUAAUUUUAUUUUAAAAGUUUUUAUCGCAAAUUUUAAUUGAAUUUAAAAUUUUUAUACUUGUGAAAUUAUUAUUCAAAUUUUUAUGUAAUUAUAACACGCGUGUUUCAAGACUGAUAAUAAAUACCUGGUGAUAUUUUAUAUUAUUAUUUUAUUUAUUAUUUUAAUUUAAAAAGUGACAGUUUUUUUUAUUUUUUGUAAAGCAAAAGAUAAUAUAACCGGCAUCGAGGAUGCUUGCCAGCUGUCUUCUUAUUAUUGGGACUGUUGGAGUAGUCGAUUCAGCUAGUGGUCAUGGUUUUGAUGCACACUUGCGUGGACCAAGUUUUAUUAUAGAGCCACCAUCAAGAAUUGAAUUUUCAAAUUCAAGUGGUGCCUGGCUUGACUGUGCGGCAUCCGGUACACCACCUCCAAAUAUUGACUGGACAACGCCUGACGGACAUCCGAUCGGUGAUGUACCCGGCGUCAGAAGAGUUCUUAGAAAUGGUACUCUCGUUUUAUUACCAUUUCAAGCUGCGACAUUUCGACAGGAUGUUCACAGUGCUGUCUAUAAAUGUGCUGCUAGUAAUUCAGUCGGUAGAAUUCUCAGUCGUGACGUACAAGUCAGAGCAGUUGUGACACAGGGAUAUACAGUAAGAGUUGAAAUUGUUGAAGGUGUAUCAAGAGGAUGUACAGCAAUAUUACGUUGUAUUGUUGAGAGUCAUGUUAAGGAUCUUGUACGAGUUGUGUCUUGGCUUCAGGAGCCAUCAUUUCAUAUUUAUCCAUCACUUCAAGGAGAUGGUAAAUUUCAUCUUUUACCAACUGGUGAACUUUUGGUUCAUGGAUUGGAAUUUAGUGAUCAAUUUCUCAGCUACAGAUGUAGAACAAUGCACAGACUUACGAGACAGGUAGUUGUUAGUUCAUCAGCAAAUAUAAGAAUAGCAGAUCAUCGAGGAGUUGUACCACCAUCAAUUUUAGAUCAUUCUGGUACCAUAUACGUUGGUCAAGAUGAGUCUGCAUCUCUCGUUUGUCUUUCAAAAGCAUGUCCAACUCCUGAAUACAGAUGGUAUGCUCAGACUGGUGCUGAACAAAUGCCAGUAUUAUCAGGACCUCGUACGAGAUUGCUCGGUCCAGUGUUGGCGAUUGAAGCUGUCACACUGACAGACAGUGGUAUCUACCAAUGUCUAGCAUCCAAUCUCGGUGGUGAAACUAGUGCUGAACUCAGACUUGUAGUUACUGCACCUCUAAAUGUUGAAGUAUCACCAUCAUUAUUAAGUGUACAUCUUGGUGGUAAUGCAGAAUUUCAAUGUGUUGUUGGAUCAACUUCACAAACAGGACAACAUGUUAUAACUUGGUAUAAAGAUGGUAGACAGCUUCCUGGUGCUGGACGACAAUCUGAAACAUUGACACUCAAUGGAAUUGGUCGAGAGGACAGGGGAAUGUAUCAAUGUAUUGUCAGACGUGGUGAUGAUACAGCUCAAGCAUCUGCUGAACUUCAACUUGGAGAUGCUCCUCCAGUUCUUCUCUACUCCUUCAUCGAACAGACACUUCAACCAGGUCCAGCAGUUUCACUUAAAUGCUCAGCAGCUGGUAAUCCAACUCCCCAAGUUACAUGGGCCUUGGAUGGAUUCUCUCUGCCAACAAUCACAAGAUUUGUUAUUGGUCAGUAUGUCACUGUUCAUGGUGAUGUAAUAUCACAUGUUAAUAUCAGUCAAGUGAUGGUAGAGGAUGGUGGUGAAUAUUCUUGUACAGCUGAAAAUAGAGCUGGAAAAGUAACACACAAUGCACGUCUCAAUGUUUAUGGUUUACCAUACAUCAGAAUAAUUCCAAAAGUAACAGCAGUAGCUGGUGAAACAUUACGUUUAAAAUGUCCAGUUGCUGGUUAUCCAAUUGAUGAAAUAAAAUGGGAACGUGGUGGUCGUGAAUUGCCGGACAAUUUACGUCAAAAAGUCAUGGAUGAUGGAACGUUGAUUGUGUUGAGUGUACAAAAAGAAUCAGACACUGGAACAUAUACAUGCUGGGCACGAAAUAAACAAGGUCACAGUGCAAGAAGAUCUGGAGAUGUAACUGUAAUUGUUCCCCCAAAAAUUAGCCCGUUCUUCGCAAAUCGUGAUCUACAUCUUGGUGAACGUACAAGUUUAACAUGUUCAGUGACACGUGGUGAUCAGCCAAUAAGAAUAACAUGGCUCAAGGAUGGAAGAGCACUUGGACCAUCUGAGCGUGUUUCAAUCACCAAUGUUGAUCAGUACAAUAGUAUGCUGAUGAUUGAAAGUUUAUCUCCAGAUCACAAUGGAAACAUUUCUUGCCUUGUAGCAAACAAUGCUGGCUCAACUAGUUAUUCAGCAACACUUGUGGUUCAUGUACCCCCUAUUAUUGAGCCAUUUAACUUCCAAGAGGGACUUUCCGAGGGGAUGAGGACGCGGACGGUGUGCGGGGUCGCGGCGGGUGAUCCACCCUUAACAAUAUCCUGGCUUAAAGAUGGUCAUUCUCCUUUUCUUUUAUCCCAAAAAUCAACGUCUGAUACAAACAUCUCCCAGCUGGAUCCUUACUCAAGUCUACUAAGUAUAUCAAAUCUCGCGGCUGAGCACUCUGGGUUAUGGGAAUGCAUCGCCGCGAACCCCGCCGCCGAGGUCAGGUACACGGCCAAGCUUCAGGUAAAAGUACCACCUCAUUGGCUAGUUGAACCAAUGGACACAAGUGUCGAAAGAAAUCGACAUGUAUCAUUUCAUUGUCAAGCACAGGGUGUUCCACCACCAGUCAUUGUUUGGAAAAAGGGAACAGGCAGUAAAUCGGGUGAAUACGAAGAAAUGCGAGAAAGUUCGUAUACAAAAUUACUGAACAAUGGUACUUUAGUACUUCAACAUGUCAAGGAAGACAGGGAAGGUUACUAUCUCUGUCAAGCCAGUAAUGGUAUUGGUACUGGCAUUGGUAAGGUCGUUCAACUUCGUGUUAAUUCUUCACCUUACUUUGCUGCACCAUCAAGACUUGUCACAGUAAAAAAAGAUGAUACUGCAACACUUCACUGUGAGGUUCAUGGUGACCAGCCAAUAACUGUAACUUGGUUAAAAGGUGGAAAAAUUGAGUUGAAUCCUUCAACAAAUUACAGAGUUACUGUACAAACAGAAAUUAUACCAGACGGUGUAGAAGCACAGUUGCAGAUAUCCUCAGCGGAAGCAUCUGACAGUGCUGGCUACUUUUGUCAAGCAAGUAAUCUCUAUGGUAGAGAUCAACAGUUGGUUCAACUUUUAGUUCAAGAACCACCACAACCACCCCAUACCCUAGAGACAGCAAUGAUUGCAGCCCGUAGUAUUAAUGUUAAAUGGCAACACAGAGGACAAGAUACAAGUGAAGUAUCAAAAUAUAUAUUACAAUGGAAAGAGGGUGAAAGUGGUAUGUGGCAACAACAAGAAUUAACUGGACCACCAUUACCAUAUGCUGCACUUAUUGAUGAUUUAAAACCAGCAACAAAAUAUACAAUAAGAAUUAUUGCUGAAGGUGCUGCUGGACGAUCAUCACCAUCAGCUGAAUUAAUUGUUAAAACAGAACCACAAAGACCUGCUGGGCCACCAAUUAAUAUUUCAGCAAAGCCAAUAUCACCAAAUGAAAUUAUUAUAACUUGGUCACCACCACUACCUGAACUUCGUCAUGGUGAUGUUCAAGGCUUCAACGUUGGAUUUAGAGAAUCUAGUGGUGGAAAUCCAUCGUACAAUUUUACUUCAGUCCCGGGAGAUGGUGAAGAAGGAGGCGGUGAUCUACAUCUCAUGGGGCUCAGACCUUAUACAAGAUAUACUAUUGUUGUUCAAGCUUACAAUCAAGUUGGAUCUGGACCAUUGUCUGAGCCUCUUCCUACACAAACACUUGAAGAUGUACCUAGUAGACCACCGGAAGAUGUUCGUUGUGCACCACUAACAUCGCAAUCACUACAAAUAUCUUGGAAAACGCCUCCGGCUGCUUACACCAAUGGCAAUAUACAGGGAUACAAAUUAAAUUACGAACCUGUCUUACCAGAUUCUUGGAGUGGUAGUGAUGAAAUGGAAACUCGUAAAACUGGAAGUAUGACAAUGACACUUGCUGGACUGAGAAAAUAUACAAAUUAUAGUAUUCAAAUACUUGCAUAUACACGUGUUGGUGAUGGUGUACCAACAAGAACAAUGUACUGUCGUACAAAAGAAGACGUGCCUGGAAGUCCAGCGGAUAUUAAAGUUGUCGUGAGUUCGCCUCAAGCACUUUUUAUAUCAUGGCUACCACCACUAGAGCCCAAUGGCGAUAUUACAAAAUACAAUCUUUACUCAAGAAUAAUGGAUGGUCGAGAAGAAUUAAAUCAUGGAAAACGAGUUUUACCAGCGACAAAUUUAUUUUUUGAAGUAACUGGUCUUCAACAACACGUUGAAUAUCAGUUUUGGGUAACAGCAAGUACUCGUAGUGGUGAAGGACAAAGUUCAACAGUUGCUGCUGCAAUGCCAAAAAAUCAUGUUGCAGCUAAAAUAACAUCAUUUGGUGGUCAUACUGUAAUGCCAUGGCGUGGAACAAUAACAAUGGCAUGUCAUGCUGUUGGUGAACCAACUCGAGAAUGGUUCAAAGGUCUUUCUGAUCAAAUUCACAGUGAUUCCGCUAGAAAUAUACAAAUUUUACCAACUGGAGAACUUAUUUUAUCAAAUCUACAGCUACAAGAUGGUGGAAAUUAUACAUGUCAAGUUGAAAAUGCCUUAGGAAGUGAUAGAUUACAUUACACUUUAACUGUACAAGUUCCACCAAAUGCUCCUGUACUUUAUGUUACGAGCUCAACAUCUAGCAGUGUUUUGCUUCACUGGAAAUCAGGAUAUAAUGGAGGUACACCACUUACUGGAUACAGUUUGCAUUAUAAAACUACUCAUGGAAACUUGGAUGAACUUCAACUGCCCCGACGAGCAACAAAUCACGAAUUAAAAAAUCUACUAUGUGGCAACAUGUAUCAGCUGUACCUGACCUCGCACAAUAAAAUUGGUAGUAGCCCACCAUCCCCAGUACUUUCAGUUAGAACCCAGGGUCAACCACCAGGAAUUCCUGCAGCUUCUACAUUCCUAUCACCAAACUCAACAACUCUAGCUCUUCGCUUACACAUGUGGCCAGACAAUGGAUGUCCAAUUGUAUAUUUUGUCAUUGAAUAUCGUCCGAUAAAUGAAUAUCACUGGACUCUUGUUUCUAAUAAUGUUAAAAUGCAACGAAGAUUCUUAGUCACAAAUUUAUCACCAAGUACUGUUUACCAAUUGAAAAUUGAAGCAUACAAUAUUGCUGGAAAUAAUCAAGCUGAAUUUAGUUUUGUCACUCUAACAAAAGAUGGUGAAGCACCACCUCCAGAAUUAUCUGAACGUGGCAUCAUAUCAGUAUUACCAUUCUAUGCUGAUAUGAAAAUAAUGUUACCAAUUAUUGUCGCAGCAUUUGCAUUGUUUGCGGUUUUUUCUGUUGUUAUAAUGCGAUGGAAAAAUCAACAUUUGGGGGACCGGAACGCGCGACCAAUGAAAGAAACACAGGAGAAUCAACAGAACGCGGAGACACAGAGGGAACGGUAUUACGCGACUAUUCACAAAGUCGCAUUCUCACAAGCUGCCGGAGAUACGGACAAGAUUCCAGAGAACAGCGAAGAUAUCAGCCCGUACGCUACGUUCCAGCUUUCGGAGGGGGGAGGGGGAGGCCUGGCAGGGCUGGGAGGAUUGGGCAGUCUAGGAAUGGCAGAGGCCUCGGCUGCGGGUCUUCAUCCGAACAAUACUCUGCUUCACAGUUUCAUGUAUCACGAGCAUGCGAUGACAGAGGGAUGUGCGAGUCCCCCACCGAUGGCAUCGAGUAUGAAGAGUGUAUCAUCGAGGAGGCGUCAGCAGAGGAAGCAACAUACUCCCGGAGACGACAGCGACGAGAGUGAGUCUGAUCCAGAUCAGCAUACUCGUUCGAGAACAGAAUCAGCGAAUCAAUUGGAUGCGGGGAAACUCAAGCACAUUCGAGCAGUCUCAGACUUUAUUUAUCACGGAACGUCGAGCACAUCUUCCGACAUUUCACCAAUGUGCGAACAAAAAUCACUACCAAGACGAGGACGUUCCAGAUGGCACGUUCCCAGCAGGAGUUCUCUGAGGAUGUUGCUGCCACCAAUGUCAAUUGCAGAAACAGCAUUUGUUAGUACUCAAGGAAGCGUGUCAGGAAAUGAUAGAAAUGAACGACCUGAACUUAGUGAAGCCGAGUGCGAUAUUGGAUCACUGAAGAAGCCAAAAUUAGGACUUAAAAGUACAUUGUGGACAAGACCAGGUGCUCAAAAUAAUCCAUCAUCAGACUACUCAAUUGCAGUUUAAAUUUAUCUAGCUGGAUCAUUGCUAGAUUAACAAAAAAAAAAAAAAAACAAAAUUUAAUCCAAAAACGCUCGUCGUGGGUGAUUUAUUUAUUUAUUUAUUUUUCUCAUUUUUUUAUUUAUCAUUAUUUUAAAAAUCCCUUGGAGAUACAUUUUUUUCUAGUUUAUUUUUUCAUCACAAAAUGAAAGUCUUGAAUAAAAAAUUAUAUUAAUAAUAACGACUGCAAAAACCAGUGUCUUCCUUUUUACUGAACUUUAAUAUUUUACACACUUUGCAUACUUCACUGCCAGCUUGUUAAAAAAAACCAUCUCCAAGGGAUUUCGAAAAGAAAAUAAAAAACCAACUAAAUAUCUAAUUAAUAUAUUUUUUUUAAUUUGCUCAUUACGACGAGACUGCAUGAAUAAAUGUGUACGCAUGGCUGUGAUCAAUUGAAUGCAUCUAGUCAAAUGCGUGGAAUAUAAUUUAAAAUAAUAAUAAUAAUAAUACAAUAAAUUGAUGCGUGCCAAAACGACAAUUUGCUCAGACCGCUGAAGAUAAAACUACAGCGGACGACCCAUCCGAGACCAAAAGACUUAUAUUCCAAAAAAAAAAAAAAAAAAAUUACGAGUGCUUCAGCGUCUUGAAAAAUUAAAAAAAUUAAAUGAAUAUUGAUUUAACUAGAUUUUAUUAAAAUUUUAAUGAAAAAAAAAUUAAAAUUCGAUAGGCAUUUUUCAGUCGUAUUGCUUGAUGCGUAUACGCUGGGCUCUGUUGCAUUGUAAAGUUUAUAUAUAUAAAGAAAAAAAAUAAAAGAAAUAAUAAACGUACGAAUAAACGUUAAUUAAUUUAAGUACGUUAUUACAUUAAGACUUUUAAAAAAAUUAAAAUAUGAUUAAAUGCGUGUUAUAUAAUUGUAGACGUAAGUGAGAACUGCGCCUGCAUUUGGCCACGAUAUGAUGUAUAUAUGAUAGGUAGAAGCAACGUCAAUCAAACGUUUUUAAUUUAUAAUUUUUACUAAUAAUAAUAAAUGAAUAAUCAUUGACAAAAAAAAAA